AUUUUCCCGGAGUUUUUACGGAUAUACGUCAUACGCCCAUCUCAGUUCCCAGAUAUCAUCUACAUUCUGCAGCCUGGGAGAUGAGACACUGCCGUCCUGCGUAGCUCUUCAUCUAUGGCGGCUGCUCUUUCAACGGUGUCAAAUGUCGGGUCUUUGCCGAGUCCACAAAACGGAACUGGGAUCAGAGUUAUGUAUCCUAUGAACAGUGCUAGUUCAUUUAAGCUCGCGGGAUUUCCUACGCGAUCGAAUAUAUGCUCCUCAUUGAGCGCCUUUGCUGGUUCGUUGCGUUUGGUGCCUUCCUCUUCUUCUCGGAAUGCUUCUUCCCCAGAAAGAACGCGUUUUACCAGCUUGGUUCAGGCCAGUUCUGAGGAAGCACCUUUACAAUCAAAAAUUAGUCACAAGGUGUAUUUUGACAUAAGCAUUGGAAAUCCUGUGGGGAAGCUUGCUGGAAGGAUUGUGAUUGGACUCUACGGUGAUGAUGUGCCCCAAACAGUAGAGAACUUCCGAGCCCUUUGCACAGGAGAGAAGGGCUUUGGGUACAAAGGUUCUACGUUCCAUCGCGUAAUAAAGGAUUUCAUGAUUCAGGGAGGGGACUUUGACAAGGGGAAUGGAACUGGAGGUAAAAGUAUUUAUGGCCGCACUUUCAGAGAUGAGAAUUUCAAGUUGUCUCAUGUAGGACCAGGAGUUGUUAGCAUGGCAAAUGCGGGCCCCAACACAAAUGGGAGCCAAUUUUUUAUAUGCACUGUCAAGACACCCUGGCUGGAUCAGAGGCAUGUAGUAUUUGGCCAAGUUUUGGAAGGCAUGGACAUUGUUAGGUUAAUUGAAUCACAGGAGACAGAUCGAGGUGACCGUCCGAGGAAGAAGGUGGUUAUCAUUGACUCUGGUGAGCUUCCAAUGGCUUGACGGUGUUUUACAUUUCUGUUAGUCGCGCUCAGAUUCUGAUUAGUUUGUUCUCCCAAAACCAGAAGUUUACUCCUUUGAAAUUUAGUUGACUAGUCGGGAGUGCAGUGCUUUUUUGUUUUAUUAUCAUUUUUAUUUAAUCUACACGCUAAACUUGAAACUUUAUGCAGCCAUCUUUAUUCCAGACUUCUAGUAGAAUUAAAAGUUAAGGAAAUUUCCAAUCUGAAUGGCCUUGGAUAGCGAUGGACUUGUAAGGAUGUUUGGACAAGAUUUGUUGUCCAAUUGUUGUGGUCAUUGCAAGUAAAUGGUGGUUAGACUUUC